AUGGCAGUUGGGCAGUCGCCACCAUAUGCAUCUGCAACUCAUCAAGCACCAUCUCCACCAAUGAAGAAGACAGAAGUAGAAGUCAUCUCCUCUGACACCGUCAAGCCCUCCUCCCCCACCCCUCCCCUCCUCCGCCGCUACCCCCUCUCUUUCCUCGACCAAAUCUCCCCUCCCGUCUAUAUGCCCCUCCUCCUCUUCUUCUCCCACCCCCUCGCCCCCGACGCCCUCCUCCGCCUCAAACACUCCCUCUCUCACACCCUAACCCGCUACUACCCCCUCGCCGGCCGAAUCCGAGACAACACCUUUAUCGACUGCGACGACGAUGGCGUCCUCUUCCUCGAAGCCCGCACCAGCUCCCACCUCUCCGCACUCACCACUGAAUCCAUCUGCACCGAAGAGCUGAACCGCUUCCUUCCGCUGGAGGUUGACAGCGCCGAUGACCUUCCCCUCGCGGUCCAGGCCACCGCGUUUAACUGUGGUGGCCUGGCCCUCGGGCUCUGCUUCUCCCACAAAGUCGCCGACGCCUUGUCCUUGCUCGUCUUCAUAACCGCUUGGGCCACCAUGGCCCGUGGCGACCCAGACGCGGCGCCCCGCCCGCGGUUUGAUUCUGCCACCCUCUUCCCGCCGAGAAACCUGUCCGGGUUCGCGCCGCGGACGGGCAUCACGGAAAACAUAGUCGCGAGGAGGUACGUGUUCAGCGCGACCGCGAUCGAGGUUCUGCGGGAGAGGUACUCGGACCGGGGAGCUCGGCCGACGCGCGUGGAGGCUUUGUCGGCGUUCAUAUGGACCCGGUUCGCGGCAGCGACCAUCUGCGAAGGCGGGCGACCGGGCCCGGUUCAGCACGCGGUGAACCUGCGGACGAGGAUGGAGCCGCAGCUGCCGGAGAGCUCGUUCGGGAACUAUUACCGAAUCGCUGUGACGGCGGCGCCGGGGACGGCGGAGACAGAUGGAAGAGAGAUAGUGGGAGAGAUAAGGAAGGUGCUGAGGGGGAUAGACGGGGAGUACGUGAGGCGGCUGAGGGACGGGGAGGAGCACCUGAGGUUCAUAAAAGAGAGGGCGGAGAGGUUUAAGAGAGGGGAGGUGGUGUCGUUCAGCUUCACCAGUUUGUGCCGGUUUCCGCUUUACGAGGAGGCGGAUUUCGGGUGGGGGGCGGCGGAGUGGGUGACGUCGGCGAGGCUGCCAUUCAGGAACCUGGUGAGCUUCAUGGAUGCGAAAAGGGGUGGGGGGGUGGAGGUGUGGGUGAACUUGACGGAGGAGGACAUGGCCAAGUUCGAGAAGGAUGAAAAGUUUAAGGAAUUUGCUUCACAAACUCAUUGA